ACGAUGUUACGAUUCCUUUAUUUAUUAAGUUUGUUAUUAUGUAUCGAAUUAUCAUUUUGUUAUAAUUAUAUAGACGAGAUCACUGAGCGCAGCUUUAACAAAAUAGGACGAAAUGUAAGGAGGGAUAGAGUAAGACGAGUGAGAAAGCCGAAAGAACGAAAAAGUGUUGUACGUCAAGAGUACGACUAUGACAGAAGUCCUGUGGAAUUUGAUGUGGCAAGUUUCAUACAGCCUGAUGAGGAAUCUAUCGAGGAUGAUGAAGCAAUGAUGAGAUAUAAGAACAAGAAGCGAAGAAAGGCAAAAAACUAUGAUUACGGAACCAUAAUAGGCAUGAAUUUAGAUGAAAGUAACAGAAAAAGAGAAAAGAGUGCAGACUAUUUAAACAUGGGCGAUGCCCCAUCAGAUUUGAAUAUUAACCCUCCACUAUUCAAGGACUCGGUUAACUCAAAACAUUUAAAUUAUAAUUCACUGGAUGACCUACACGGAGAAAAAUAUGGACAUGAAAAAUUCAGAAAUAUUUACAAAGACGAUUUACUUAUGGACCAAAAUGUCGUACACAGUCACGAGAAAAAAUGCACACUCAAAACUAUAAAGUUCCCGUUUUUUUCCCAUAACAAAUCAGAGCCCAUGAAGCCCAAGAAAAAUAAAAAGCGAAAACUUUUCUUCUUCAACGGUAAUAGAAGAGAGAAAGUAGAUGACAUUAAGAUGGGUGAUGAUACAAUUAUACAUUACAAGAUGAAGAGGUCCUUCGAAGAGAGGCUCUGUCCAGCUUGCAAAAAGAAGUACUUGACCAAUCCAGAAUCGGGUGAUGAUUUAAAGAAAAUUCCUAAAAGACUAAUACACAACAGCAGACAAUAUUUCCAAAACAGUGUAGAUUCCAGGUUAAAAGAAGACGUAAAAACUAUAAGAAACAACAUGGAAGCUUUCACAGAUGAACAUUUUGAUGAGAGAACUAGAGAAAAAAGGGAUGACAGAGAAAGACAGUUGAAAGAGUUAGAAGAAGUUCAAAGGAAGAUCGAUAACGUGGAAAUUCAUAUACCAACCUUCGAAAAGUCGACUGAUAAAAGUGUGUUUAAGUACUAG